UGAGCGCUGAUAGGCGAACUAUCGACGAAUUUCAACCAAUCAGCACUGUCCGCACGGUGUUUGGAAGUAGUUUUGCUUACAAAUGUGUUUUAGCUCGCCGUUUCGACCUGUGUUGAAUGUUGUAUUUUUCCGCUCAGAAACUUUUGCAACCAAUUUUGACAGCACGGAAAAUACGAUAAGGAUACAACCACUGACCGUCUGAAUCCAUUUGGUAAAAACUCCCAAGCUGAAGUCAUGCCUUUUCCCAGGGGGAAGAAACCAAGUGUUACUGCUGGCAGUAAAAUACCCAAAUUACGUGGCAAAGGGAUAGAGAAUCAGGAGGAAGGCCCCCAGGUCAAGAGGUCAUCGUCCCCUCCUCAAGGAGCCCCUAAGAAGAGGACAGCCUUCGUAGACCUCACCAAUGCACACAAGGUUCACAUCAGCCUUCCAGGUACUAAGAAGAACUCCCUUAAGAAGACGCAGAAGAAGAAGGCCACCUCCACUGUGUUAGACAAGAAUGAAGCCAACCUUAAAAAGUCUGAAUCAAUAAGCUCAGAGAGUCAGGAGGAGGAGAAACAGAGGGGGGAGGAGGAGACCCCAGUUGAAGAGCUUGUGGUGGUGGAGGCUGUUCCACCUAGAGAGUUGCCCCCCCACCUCCAGAGACCACAGAUCCCUGAGGAGUUUGAUAUAGACUCUCAGCACCAGGAUGACCCCACUCUGACUGCUCAGUACGCAAAGGAAAUAUUUGACUACCUCAAGGCCAGAGAGGAGAAGUUCAUCCUGUCUGACUAUAUGUCCAUCCAGCCCAGUCUGAACGCUGGGAUGAGGGCCAUCCUAGUGGACUGGUUGGUCGAGGUGCAGGAGAACUUUGAGCUGAACCAUGAGACUCUGUACCUGGCUGUGAAGGUGACGGACCACUUCCUGUCUGCAGCGCCGGUCAACAGAGAGAAUCUACAGCUUAUAGGUUCUACAGCCUUGCUCAUAGCAUCCAAGUUUGAGGAGCGCUGUCCGCCCUGUGUGGACGACUUCCUGUACGUCUGUGAUGAUGCGUACAAGAGGGAGGAGGUUAUUGCUAUGGAGACGAGCAUCCUGCAGGCGCUGGGGUUCGACAUCAACAUCCCCGUCCCCUACCGCUUCCUCAGGCGAUAUGCCAAGUGUGUGAGUGCCAGUAUGGAAACUCUAACCCUGGCCCGGUAUGUGUGUGAGCUGAGUCUUCAGGAGAUGGAUCUGGUACCAGAGAGAGGAUCAUUACUGGCCUCAGCCUGUCUGCUGUUGGCUCUAGUCACCAAGGAGCUGGGAGGAUGGUCCCCCAUCCUGGUGUUCCACUCUGGGUACGGAGUGUCAGAGCUGGUCCCUGUUGUCCGGAGGCUCCAUUCCAUGCUCACCUCCCCGCCAGACGACAAACUCCUGGCCAUCCGGAGCAAGUACUCUCACAAGGUUUUCUUUGAAGUGGCGACAACUCCGAUGGUGGACCUGGACACGUUGGAGAGGGCGUUGAAGUGACCCGUAGAAACUAGUUGGUGGGAGAAUAUCUACUUGUCUAAGGAAGUCACUGUGUAUAUAUAUAUAUAUUUUUAUAUAUCACUGUUAAUUUUUAUAAUGAAGGGAUGGUAUUUGUUGUAUAAAUCAAGCAGAGAUGUAUUUUCUCUUCAGCAGCAAUGCUUAUUUUUUAUUUUGUUCAAGUUGUAUUUCGUAUCUGUUUUUACACUAAGAAAAAAACAUGUUUAAACUUUUUAUACAAGUGUUGAAGGCUAAUCUAAAAGUUACAGAGGUAUUUUUAGAGGUGUGUAGUGAAAAAGUAAACCGAUUUACUGGUUAAUACCAUCGACCAUUUGAUAUUGUUGUGUAACCCACGGUAACAGUGUUCUUUAUCGGUAUAAACGAUACGGCUGUCUCUGUCGGGAGUUGUCAAGGUUUUUGCUCCAAUUUGACACGACUCGUUCUACUAAUCGGCUUCUCAUCAGGACCGUGAUUAGCAGAAGCAGGUGUGUUAGACUGGUGCUGGAACGAAACCCUGCAUAUUACUCAGUACCUCUCCAGGUCUGUCUGCCUCCCAGAAAUGUAUUUUAUGUUGUACAGUGUCUCAUGUAUAGAAACUCUUUAAUGUUUUCAACAAGAGGAUUUGUUUACUGUUGUUAUUUUUAAAUGGCUCAGACCUCUGAAUUAAAUAAAUCCUGUUUUAUUGUUUAUAAAACAAAUUA